CUCUGUUUUAGGGUGAACGUAAAGGAGUUAACAAGUACUACCCUCCGGAUUUCGAUCCAGCCAAGCAUGGCUCCAUCAACGGCUACAGGAAAAGUCACCCGCUGCGGGAGAGGGCCAGGAAACUGUCUCAGGGCAUCCUCAUCAUCCGAUUUGAGAUGCCCUAUAAUAUUUGGUGCGAUGGCUGUAAGAAUCAUAUCGGCAUGGGGGUUCGAUACAAUGCAGAGAAGUCGAAAGUGGGAAAUUACUACACAACUCCGAUAUACAGGUUCAAGAUGAAGUGCCAUCUGUGUGUGAACUACAUAGAGAUGCAGACAGACCCGGCCACCUGUGAUUAUGUCAUUGUGACUGGAGCCCAAAGGAAGGAAGAAAGAUGGGACAUGGCUGAGAAUGAGCAGAUACUCACUACUGAGCACAGUGAGAAAGAGAAGCUGGAGACAGAUGCCAUGUAUAAAUUAGAUCACGGAGGAAAGGAUAAGGAAAAGCUACGUGCCGCCAUCCCGUCUCUCAAUGAGCUUCAAGAUCACCAGUCCAGCUGGAAAGAUGAUUUUCAACUGAACAGCGUCCUCCGCAGGAAGUUCAGGUCCGAGAAGAAAGUGAUUGCCGAGGAGGUGGAAAAAGACAAUGCGGUGCGAAUGAGGACUGGCCUGUCCAUCCCGUUAUUACCGGAGAGAGAAGAAGAUAAGAAGCUAGCCUCACUACUCACCCUUCAGAGUCCAGACUCAUAUGAUGAGGGUCAGCAGUCGAAAAGGAAACAGAUAUCGACUCGUUCCUGGUUCAGUGCCUCGUCUUCAGCGGGAGGGGGAGCUGCCGGGAGCCUCUUGCUAAAGUUAGGCCAACAGGGUCGAGGAGCAGCCAUGGCUAAAGCACUCAGCUCGACUAUUCCCAGCCCACACAUUCUGGUACGCAGGAAGUCCGAAAAUGGCAAGACUGAAAGCGCCAACAUUAUGAACUCCAACUCGUCGUCUCCUGACACUAACCCAGCAGCUGUGGACAUAAACCCCAGGGACUCAUCUUCUCCUCUCACAAAUAAUGUGAAUGCGAGCAAGGACACAAAUACUCACAGCUGCACUACAGAGACUGGUGAAGGAACCACAUCAGAGGAGGACAACACCAUUGACUCGUGUGCUGGAAAGUCUCUGGUUGCAGAUUACAGCGACUCUGACUCGGGCAGUGAGGUCUGAAAAAGAUCGGAAAUUGAAAUUAGAACCCCGCCGUGAUUCAUACAUGUGUCAGUCUUCUUGUGGUCAACAAUUAGUCAUUAUUUACCAAAAAAUAAACUCUCCCAUACUGAAAAGUG